GCAUAACAAUAAUAUCAACAUCAACGUUAAGGACCCGUAACAGCAUCAGUGUUCGCGGUCCGAAAAGCAAUAUUGACGUUAAUGACCAACUGUUAUUGCGGUCCGACGUCGGUCUCUGUCGAUCCAGACGAUCCGAGUGUGAUGUAGGCAGUUUGACGCGGUAACAAUAUUAUCAGCGCCCGCAAGUGUCCGUCCACCGCUUUCGAACAUGUUCGAUUCCACGCCGCUUUUGGUCUACACGCUGUUCUACAUCCUCGUGGCCGCAUGCUUCGUGUUAAGGACUUCCGAGUUCGUGUCUAACGGGCUCACCGUCGAGAAUCUGUUUGAGAUGUUCAUCGACAAGGAGUACAACAACUUCGUGAUGCACCACAUCCGGCGAACGUCGUUCACUGUUGUUGUACACUCGUGUCUACCCCUAGUUUAUUUGUUGGGCACACUUUUGGAGAGUGAAAAAAGUUAUUUUAUCCAUACGCACUUCUACGAGUUACUGUGCCUGACCUUAGUGCCCAUUGUCUACAGCUGCUCGCUGGUAUAUAAGUGGAAAGACAACAAAUGGGCUAGUCAUCCGUUAUCCAUCAAUCUGAGCCGUUAUGAUCCAGGCGAUUGGACUCUUGUUGCUCAAAACAUUUCUGCUGAGUAUCAACGUAUUGAAAAAUUGACGUUGGCCUGUGGUACUCUGACAAGAACUGUAGUUACUCAAAAUUGGAUAAUAUCUAUCAGUUCAUACUCUGUUUAUGUUGCCAAGAAGUCAGAGAGCUCAUUUUUAGUGUACAGUUCAGACAACCAUGUGACAACACCUGAUGGCACUCCAGGCAGUGUACAGUUCAUAAAUAUUCAAGUGAUACCUAUUCGAUCUAGAAUUAAAUGGUUUUUCGUAAGAAUUAAGUCUGAGGACUUAAAACUUUUGGAAGAACAUAUUGGCCAACCUAUAAUGAUUGCUGAUAAUGUCAAAUUACAACGUUCAAGAACUGAACGCUUCAUAGAAGUGUUCCGUGAUCAAGUUUCCCAAAACCCAGUUUAUAGAGGCUAUACCACAGCAGAAUUAGAAGAUAGUACGUGUGCUGGUUGCUUAGUGAACCCUCCAGAUGUAAAGCUUAUUAAAUGUUGCGAAGAUAACACUGUUAAUGAUGUAGUCAAUUGUACUUCUUGUCAAUGUAGACCAAUGUGGUGUGUUGAUUGUAUGGCUAAAUGGUAUGAAUCAAGACAGCCUCAAAACGAUACGACUAAUUGGUUAUCUUCAAAAUGCACUUGUCCACUUUGUCGGCAAGUAUUUUGCAUCCUUGAUGUUUGUCCACUUCAAAAUUCUGAAUUAGCAAAAACCAAUUAAGUUUUGGUAUUUUUAACUUUACUAUUACUGUGAUAAAGUGUGUAAAUCUAGUAACAUAUGAGUUUAAUUUUA